AACUAAGAAAGCGAGGGGGGGGAAGCCCUACACCAGAGCAUAGUCUUGGGGGCCGCAGCUCGAGACUGGGGAGAGAGAGAGAGAGCCCCGGGAGUGGCGUCGGGAGGCGAAGGGACGCGGCGUCUUAAAGUUGGUGGGGCUUGAAAGCGGGCGUCUCCACUUUUGUUCUCCCCGCUUCUCCAGUUCCCGAGCUGAGCUGUGGAAAAAUAUGGGAGACGACAGGCCAUUUGUGUGCAGUGCCCCAGGCUGCGGACAGAGGUUUACAAAUGAGGACCACCUGGCGGUUCAUAAACUCAAGCAUGAGAUGACACUGAAAUUUGGUCCUGCCAGAACAGAUUCUGUCAUCAUUGCAGAUCAGACACCGACACCAACUCGUUUUUUAAAGAAUUGUGAGGAAGUAGGCCUUUUCAAUGAGCUGGCAAGCUCAUUUGAGCAUGAAUUCAAGAAGGCCACAGAAGAUGAUGAGAAAAAAUGUUCGGGUCCCCUGGAUAUGUCCCUCCCAUCUACUCCAGAAAUUAAAAUAAAAGAGGAAGAACCAGUGGAAGUAGAUUCUUCUCCUCCAGACAGUCCUGUAACCAGUCCACGAUCACCACAGGCCAAGGAGAAGGAGAGUCCUUCAAAACCCGUUAUCAUUUCUACACCGACUCCAACCAUUGUACGUCCUGGGUCGCUGCCACUCCACUUGGGCUAUGACCCAUUACAUCCCACUCUCCCUUCCCCAACCUCUGUCAUCACGCAAGCACCACCUUCCAACAGACAGCUCGGGUCUCCAACCAGCUCCGUACCCCUUGUCAUGCACCUUGUGAAUGGGCAGACCAUGCCUGUCCUUCCUGGCCCUCCCGUUCAGAUGCCUUCUGUCAUAUCGUUGGCGAGGCCCAUGUCUGUGGUGCCAAACAUUCCUGGUAUUCCUGGCCCUCCCGUGAUCAGCAGUGGCUCCAUUUCCCCUUCCGGUCUGCCAAUGCACUCAGAAGCUAAAAUGAGGCUAAAAGCUAGUCUGACACAAGGAGUGACGUCGUCCCUGAACGGCAGUGGCAUGGUGGUCGGUUCAGCAAGUACGAUGGUCACGUCUCAUCCUGAACAAGGUCAAGUCCUGAUCCAGCAUCCUGAUGCACCUUCUCCAGCCCAACCACAGGUUUCCCCAGCACAGCCCACACCCAGCACAGGAGGCAGACGGAGACGCACAGUGGAUGAAGAUCCGGAUGAACGGAGGCAGCGUUUCCUGGAGCGGAACCGUGCUGCCGCCUCCCGCUGCCGCCAGAAACGUAAGCUCUGGGUGUCGUCCCUGGAGAAGAAGGCAGAGGAACUCACAUCACAGAACAUCCAAUUAAGUAAUGAAGUAACAUUAUUAAGGAAUGAAGUUGCUCAACUCAAGCAGCUGUUGUUGGCUCACAAGGACUGCCCAGUCACUGCAUUGCAGAAGAAAACACAAGGUUAUCUUGAAAGCCCAAAGGAGAGCUCUGAGCCCACCGGUUCUCCAGCUCCAGUCAUCCAGCACAGUUCCGUGACAGCCUCUCCCAACGGGCUGAACGUCCGCUCGGCUGCCGAAGCCGUUGCCACUUCAGUCCUCACUCAGAUGGCAAGUCAAAGGACAGAACUGAGCAUGACCGUACAGUCACACGUCAUUAUGGCUCCGCAGUCUCAGUCUGCUGGCAGAUGAUGUCGCAAAGCCUGUGACUUAGAACUGAUCCGUAAGAACUUGCUGCCGGAGAGACUGAACAUAACUAAGCCCCUUGAUCAAUAUGGGGUGGAUACAGAAAUUUUUUUUUUUUGGUGUUUUUUCCCCCCUCCUUAAAUUGAGUUAAGGGCAGCUACAGAGCUUCUAACAAAGCAUAUUGCAUACAUAUCCUGGCCCAAAGCAGUCACCAUCUCGUUUCAGAAGCAUGGCUCCAGAAUGAGCAACUUCACCUCGGGGGAUGAUCUAUCAUCGUAUAGAACCGACAGGACACGUAGCCUUGUUCAGUGUGGCCUCAAAUGGUUUAACAUUCAGGUAUACUAACACUAAGCCUCCCUGAGUGUGGUUACUCUUGGUGCUUUUAUUGAGUUGGCCGCUUUAACAAAGGAAAAGCAGCUCUUGGGAGAGACUAUAAGAUUUUGCUGGUGCUGCCCUCCCUGCCACCGUCCCCCUCCUUUAAAAAAAAGCACCCUCACUGCUUUCAGGGAGCACUGGGGUUUCCAGUGCUGCUCUUACUGGGCCUUUAAUUCUGCACUUUCACGUGGGACUCCAGCUCAAGGCUCGGAUAGUGGUAAGCUUCAUACCUUUGUAGGUUUUGAUUUCUCCCACCACCAGACACCGUGCUGUUUUGCAAAUCAUGUUACAUCAUUCUUUCCUGCUGCAAUUAAUGGGCGUUUGUAGUCACCACAGUGGAAAUGUUGAACCUGUUGCAUGCAUUUCAGUUUGUAUAUUCUAUAGCCACACCUAUUUAUCAGGGAUCAGGUAUUCCUAUGCUUCUUUUUAUCGGGUACAGUUUUUAACCCUUAUGGCUCCAGAGGUGACCACAUAAACAUGAAGAAAAGUACCCAGUCUCCUAGAUAGCAGGAGGAAAGGAUAAGCAGCAUUUUCAUUAGGCAGAGCCUUUGCACUCUGUGCACCUUCCUAUUCUCCUCCAGCGCUUUCUGUUUAGUAGAAGCAGGGUAAGUGAUGCCAUUUGAACACGUGUGCCUGCAGAGUACAGAACAUUUUAAUCCUGAACAUAUAUGGUUGGCCAUGGCCACUUACUAAACUGCAGCCUGUGGUCCCUCCAAGGCUUAGGUAGGACAAUGUAGGAGCCACCCUGCAGCAAAAGAACAGUGAACAAGCAAAGAGACUUUCUGCAAGUCAGAGGGGCUUUAAAAUGCUCCAACCCCUUUUUAAACCCUGCGCAUCUGAAAGGAUUGCCUAUCGUAUUUAGCUCAGCGAACCUAUCAAAAGUGUGGCCUUAAAUCAUGGACUGUCUGUUUGAGGACAAGAGGACUGGAAUCAGCAGCUGACUUGCCUUUCCUCUUAUCAUUUGCUUCUCCUUUUCCGAUAUUUUCCCUUGCACCCUUUCUGGGGGCCGUUAAUGGUAAUGCCUUCUGCUCCCUCCCAUCCACCCUUAUGAGAGCAAAUGUUAUAUUCUCUGAGCUCCAUUGUUAUGAAGUGGAUGUACACAAAACAAAAUACAUUGGCAUUUUAAAGGCAUAUAGAAUUGUUUCAUACAGUUGCUGCCCAAAUGUCCAUGUACGUGUCUCUCUGUGUGUCUCUGUGUGCGCGCACACACACACAGUUUUUGUUUAGGCUGACCUUGCCCUCUUGCUAGUGCGGGGUAAUGCUUGGAUCUUGAGCAAGGGGAGAAGGUGCUAUGUGGUUGUAGGUAUGUAGGUAUCAACAUGCAAGCCCCUAAAAUGCUAUCUUAUGUUUUGUCUUCCUAAAUAAGUAUUUCCUGCACUCAUGAGAAGCAUUUUCUUCCUUGAAAUAGCUCUGUACUCUGUGCUGCUAAAGCUGUAUAGAAAUCAUUGUUAUUUCUUCCCACAAUCUUAAAUCGGCCAUUGUGAUCAUUAGAAUGCAUACUAUUACAUUCAGGGGACCCAGGGCCCACUUAUGAGGUGAGUGACCUGUGGAGAUGUGUUUUUCAGUAGACAAGUUGUGUUGUUGUCCUUGUAAACAUAUUAGCUUCU